CGCGGCUCCGCCCGCUCCGCAGCGCCGGGACGCGCCCGCGCUCCCCCGGCGGCGGCGCGGCCAUGGCGGCGGCGGCGGGCGCGCUGUGGGCGGAGGCGCGGGCGCUGCUGCCCGGUGCCGAGGAGGAGCUGUCCCUGGCGCUGAGCGGCGAGGUGGACGACUGCGUCCCGCCCCUGCUGCGGCGGGCCCGCGGGCUGCUCUACGGGGCGCCGGGCCCGCCGUGCGGGGCGGCGGCGGCGGAGCUGCGGCGCCUGGGCGACGUCCUGCGCGACUACGCCUGGGAGAAGCUGAACGCGGGGCCGUGGCGGGAGGUCGGCAAGGCCUGGCGGCAGGUCUACGCCUACGGCUGCCUCUUCGGCGCGCUGGCCGAGGUCGCCGCCCGCCGCCCGCUGGCGCCCGCCGUUCGCCUGUGCGACAUGGGGCUGCUGAUGGGCGCCUCCGUGCUGGACAACGCCCUCGCCCGCCUCGUCCGCCUCCUGCAGGCGCGGCUGCCCCGCGGGAAGCGGCGCGCGGCGGCCGGGGGCAGCGCCAAGAGGGCCCGGGUUGAGCCCCCUCCGGCGCCCGUGGUGCAGCCAGAAGAAGCGCUUCCACACGUUCGCUGCCCUUCGCUAGAGCACUUCAGAGACAACUAUCUAAUUCCGCAAAAGCCUGUUGUCUUGGAGGGAAUUAUUGACCACUGGCCGUGUAUGAAGAAGUGGAGCGUGGACUAUAUUUGUCAAGUUGCUGGGUGUCGCACAGUCCCUGUAGAAUUGGGUUCCCGAUACACAGAUGAGGAAUGGUCUCAGAAGCUCAUGACUGUCAAUGACUUCAUCAACCAGUAUAUUGUGAAUGAGAACAGUGUAGGAUACCUUGCUCAGCACCAGCUUUUUGAUCAGAUCCCAGAACUGAAAGAGGAUAUCAGUAUCCCUGACUACUGCUGCCUGGGGGAAGGAGAAGAAGAUGACAUCACCAUUAAUGCUUGGUUUGGCCCAGAAGGAACUAUCUCACCUCUUCAUCAGGAUCCCCAGCAAAAUUUUUUAGCCCAGGUAUUUGGAAGAAAGUAUGUCUGUCUUUAUUCACCACAAGAUUCAGAAAACCUUUACCCACAUGAAGGACAAAUUCUUCACAAUACUAGCCAGGUUGAUGUAGAAGAUCCGGACUUAAAUAAGUUUCCCAAUUUUAGAAAGGCUGCAUGUCAGUGCUGCAUUCUGAUGCCUGGACAGGUUCUGUUCAUUCCAGUUAAAUACUGGCACUACAUACGAUCUCUUGAUACUAGCUUCUCUGUCAGUUUCUGGUGGUCAUAACUUUGAAGCAUGCAUGAAGUUUGUUAGUAUUGUAAUAGCAAUUAAAAGUCAGGAAAAGUAGCAUCUAGCAUGCUUCCCAAGUGAAUUCUAUUUAAACAUGAGAAUAUUUUUUCACUAUCCAGAGGCCAGAGCUGGAUUAAAAAAAUAAAUAAAAAUCCUUGUUUCAGUAUGGUGAAAGAAAUCUGGAUGGGUAAAUGUGGGUAAACAGCAGUUGCUUCAAUCACUUUAUUUUUGUGGAUGUUUUCAAUAUAACUUCCUUGUAAAAAGCAACUGUUGGUUCAUCAUUGUGUAUGUGUGUGUGUAUCUGAAACACAUCUAUAUAUCAACAGUGCCAUGACUGCUUUUCAACUGUUUGGAACAUCGGGUUAGUGUUAUCUUCUACUUGGAUUUAAAAAUAGUAAAAAAUGGAGUAAAAGUGACAGCCCAAAAGUUCAAUGUAUCUGGAAAAAAAAGUAACAUAAAGCAAGAUACCAGUCUCCUAGGUGGAAGAAGGUAAGUGUUAGGGACUAGGAAGGUAACUAAGUGUAGUUAAUCCUUAGUUUAAUAGCAAUUAAAUAAACUGAAGCUUAAUCAUA